AGCCUGGGACUCAAGCUCGGGGCAACUCGCUGGUUGCCUGCCGGCCAAAGUAGCCGGCGCUUGAGCUCGCAGAGGCUCAAGAUGACCUUCCCGGUCACGGACUAACUUUGUCAUGUUGCCCCAGGUUGCGAUCAAGUCAUGGUAUCACAGCUACGACGCCUUUCGGAAGGUCCCGGCGGACUUGUCCGAGGCAUCCACAAGCGGGGCGUUGAUGACGCUGCUGGCUGUGUGCACCUGCGCAGUCUUAUUUUUCUGCGAGACCUCCGCUUUUUUGACGGACACACCCACAUCUCGUAUUGUGGUCGACACCAACCAGGACGAGCUUUUGAAGAUCAACUUCGAUCUCACGAUGCUCGACAUGGACUGCGCGCACUUGACCGUAGGCGUGUGGGACGCUUUCGGCACAGAGCGCUUCAACGUGACCCGAAACGUUCAAAAGCAGCGCGUGGACCAGAAGGGCUCGCGAAAGGGGCAGCCGUACAAAGAGGAAGAGCUGCUGGAGUUGGAGUUCAGCGGCAAAAGCUUCACGGCGGAGGAGCUCGCGGAGUUGGAUUCUGACUGGGGGUCAUCCAGCGAUCACUUCCAGCACAACGACUUCCAGGCGGUGGUGGACGCGCAUGACUUCGCAAUGAUCAACUUCUACGCAGACUGGUGUGGCCACUGCCGUGACUUCGCACCUCUUUGGCUCGACUUUGAGAAGUCCGUCAACGAGGGCAAUGUCGCGACGGUGGACGCAGAUGGCAGCCCAGCCAACGUGCAUCUCCUGCGACUGAACUGCGUGGACUUUGAGGAGACAUGCAGAGACCAGAUGAUCCGCUUCUUCCCAUCGAUCCGUCUGUACCGCCGCGGAGCUAAGAAGGGCGAGUUUGAGGAGUACAACGGUGAAAAGACGGCGGAGGGCAUGACCCGCUGGCUGAAGGCUGCCGUAGCAAAGCGGCACCUGCACACUGGCGCAACGUACCACAGCAUCUUCACAGAAGGUUGCCGCGUGUCUGGCUUCGUGGAUGUGGCUCGGGUCCCAGGCACACUUCACUUCCAGGUGGGCAAUGCCAAGGACAGAGAGAUCAACCCUGCCUUCACCAAUGUCUCGCACACCGUGCACCAUUUGACCUUUGGCGAGGCGCCUCGUGGCUUGAGAUCAGCCCUGCCUUCCGAGUAUCGACGUCACGUCAACCCCUUGGAUGGCCGGACAUUCACGGUGGACAAGUUCCACAAGGCCCCGAGCCACUUCAUCAAGGUGGUGCACACGAGAUUCGAAGACUCGGGCCUCCGGAGCUACCAGCAGACCCACCAAUGGAGUGUUCGCACCUUGCAGCGGGGGACCACGCCGCAGGCGAAGUUCUCCUAUGACUUGGCGCCGGUGGAGGUGGUGGUUGCCAAAGCUGAGCGCCACUGGUAUGAUUACGUCACGCAGAUCUUCGCCAUCACGGGCGGCGCAUUCACCGUGAUGUCGCUGCUGGCGGGUCUCUUGAAGCUCUCGAGCGCGCAGCUGAAAAGCAUGCUGGACAAGAUGAACUGAGACGUGAGAGACUAGCCGACAUGGCCCAUGGCAAGAGACUCCGAGUGCAGCGUGGCAAGAGCCACAUGACAGUUGAAGUGGGAGAGCGAAAA